UUGAACCGUUCUUGACUUUGGAUAGCAUUGGCAACUCGCGAAGACUAUAAAACUAUAAAAGUGAGCUGACAAACACUAUAUUAUAAUUUUGACGUUAUUUAUUAACUAUGGCCUCUUAGUUAGGUCGCUGUCAGAAUUGACAGCUCGCUUUUAUAUGAAACCUCUUUAGAUAAGUCUAGUGGGCUGUCAAAAAAAAAAAAAACCGCGCGGCACCUCACUUUUUUAAAAUUAUCUCUUUACGAUUGGAAAUUUUCGAAACCAAUAAAUUAUUAGAACCAUAAGAAUCGAGUGAGCUGUCGGGUCUCACUUAUUUUCGAUCAACCUUCGGGUGUUGUGAGAAUAUAGUGAGUUAAGAGCGCGGUAUGAAUGUGUUUUGGCGGGUCGAGAUGUGGUGCCGGCGGCAAGCGGCGGCGGCCAUUUUGCCGUUAUUGUUGGCUGGAUGGCUCACGGGUCUGUCCUCUGAGGCCCUGACGACCUUCGGGAAGAGUAACACGGCGCCUCCCAAGGAGCUCGCACCGACCGCGCCGCCAGCCCGCUCUUGCAGCCGGCAGGCGGAAUGCGCUGGCAUCAGUAGCUCGUCGUGCGUGAGGACCCACUACGACCCCACCACCAGAUGCCUCUGUGGGGACAACUCGCCCCCCGUCAAUGGACAGUGUGAGGCCGUCACUAAAGCUCUGUACCACGUCUGCGCCAACUCCGACGAAUGCAACGACGGUCUGAUCUGCGGCACUCCGAACAUAACCGGCGCUGCACCGGCCCAUCUCCGAGUACUGUCAGCCCAGGACAAGAUCUGUCUCUGUGACGUCGAGAGCGGUUAUAGGGAGAAAGAUCACACUUGCAACGAUGCUGUUAUUCUCAAGACCUCGAUCUUCGCCAUAGCUGUCAUGACAUGCAUCAGAAAAAUAUUAAUCAAUUAACCUUUUAAAACAACAAAACACACUCAGCACGUAUUCUUUGAACAUUGAAAUUAGUUUCGAUUCCAAACACUUUGCACUAAAACGCAUAAAUUUUUCUUCGAUUUAUAAUUCCAAUCAAUCGUGAUUAUUUUUUAAAAUUCAAAUUUAGAAUCAACAACGGCUUCGGAUUUUAAUUAUUCAGAUUAAAAAUUAAAAAAAAAAAACUUUAAAAUAUUAUAUUCGAAUAAUCGAAUUCACAUUAAAACAAUGGCAUAAUAACGGAUUUUUUGAAUUUGUAAAUAUUCUAAACUGAAUCUCAAGCGUGAUUGUAAAUAAUUAUUUUAUCUGUGGCACCUUUAUAGCGUUAUACAUUGUAACUUUUAAUACAAACUCAAUCCGAUCGCACAUAUACUUUUAAUAGAUAGGCUUGGUCUAGAUGUAUGAGACGUUUAGAAAUGUGUGUAGCAUAGACUUUAAUUCAGAGUUUAAAUAAAUGUUCUCACGCAAAA